AUGAACGUCUCGUUCCCGAAACCGCACGACGUCUUAGAGCAGGGCGUGGAGUACGUGCUCGCCGCGGACUGCGCCGCCGGUCGCGCGUUCGACGAGGUCAGCGUCUCGUGCGUCAGCUCGGGGUGGACGGGAAAGUGCGUGAGAUCCAUCGCAGAGCGCGCGCGCGUCGGCGCGGACGGCGUCGUCAGCGUGCGAUGGCGCGUCCCCAAAGACCUCCCGUGCGACGCGGUGUACGCCGUGAAGUUCGCGGCGAUCCCGCCGAAGCGCCAACAACUCGCGUCGUCGUCCGCGCCGACGAAGCCGGUCGAGGCGGAGGCGACGAACGUCGUGAUCUCGACGCCGCUUCAGAUCGUUCGAACCGGACGCGACGAGUGCGUCGUUCGAUGGUCCCCCGGCGCGCUGCCGACCGAGGCGUCCGCGAGAGACGGCUGGCGGCUCGCGCUGGACGUCGUCCCGAGAGCGAACCCGGGGGAGACGAUCGAGACCGUCGUCGGCGACCUGUUCCUCGCCGCCGCGACGGAGGGCCUCCACGUCCACACGCGUCGAAAGAGCGUCCUGUUCGACGUCUCCAAAGACGAGGCGACGAAGCGAAGCAAGCGCCUGAGGCUGAGCACGGACCGCGCGUACAAGAUCGCGCUCGCGGGCUUCACCGUCGGCGAGCUCGAGUCCGUGUUCAGCACGUCCAGGGUGGAGGCGAAGAUGGGCCUCGUGCGGCUGCGCGCGACGGGCGGCGGUUACAACACGGCAAAUAGCGGCGCGAGGAAAGGGAGUUUGGGAGACGCGGAGUACCGCAGGAACGCUCCGGUCGUCGCGAGUAAGAAGGAGAAAGAGCUCGCGGCGAAGCGAGAGAGAGAACGCGUGGAUAAGCUGGAUAAGCUGGAGAAGGAACGCGCGGCGGCGAACGCGGCGGUGGCGAAGGAAAACGACGCCGGCGGCGGCGGCGGCGGCGGCGGCGGCGGCGGCGCGACGCCGAGGAGUAAAGCGAGAGAGAUGACGUCGAUGCUCUUCUCCCCCGGCGGCGGGGACAAGCAGAUCGUCGUCCACGACACGGACUCCGAGUCCGACGACGACGCGGACGACGCGGACGCGGCCCGCGCGGCGGCGUCGUCGGCGGCGGCGUCGUCGUCGGCGGCGAAACCGUUCGACGCGCACGACGAAGCCGUCGACGAAGACAUGACGCACGGCGGCGCGUGGAAACACGGCGAGAAAGGCGCCGGCGCGUGGGCCUCCGAGCGCGGUCUCAACGUCCUCGCCGUCCGCGCGAGCGACCUCGCCGUGGUGUACGACCGCACGUGGGACCUCAGCGGCGGACGCAAGCCCGCGGAGGCGCGAUUCAACGCGGCGUCGAUGUAUCACGCGUUCGCCGCGGACGGCGCGCUGAGCGCCGGGUCCGCCGCGCGGUCCAAAUGGGGCGCGCACUUCGUCGCGGUCACGACGUCGGGCGCGUGGGCGAUGCAGCCGAGCAAAGACGGGGACGAUUACGGCCUCGGUGACGCGAUCGACGUCUUGAUCGACGCGCUCGGCGGGGACGCCGCCGUCGCGGAGGCGGCGAGGAGAGCCGCGCACAAGGCUGGCGCGCCCGGGCAGCCCGGCGCGUUCAGCGCCGUCGCCGCGUGCUGCGACCGCGGCGGACGACGAGGCACGGUGUGGCACGCGGUCGGGGAUUCCAACAAAGACCGCGCGCACGUCGCGCUGACGCUGUCGUGCGCGGACGGCGCGUGGUUCCCGACGUUCGUGAGCGCGUCCGCGGGGGAGGGCGCGAGCGAUUGGACGACGCCGUGGGACCGGUGGGGCGAAGAGCCGUGGUCCUCGCUCAAGGGCGCGCGCGGCGGGAAAGACGCCUCGCGCGUGGAGCGGUACCGCGUGAUCGUCAACGAGACGAGAGGGAUGAUGCUUGGCGGCGUCGCCGCGGGGGAGAGAGGCGGCGGCGGCGGCGGCGAGCGCGCGGAUGCGAACGCGAGCGCGAGCGACGCCGGCCGCGUGGACGUCUCCGGUUUACUCGGCGCGCUCCUCGGGUUCGCGAGCUCGACGUUCGAGGCGUUCGAGUGGGGGAGCCUCGGCGAGCUCCGGAAGGAGGCCGCGAGUAUGGGGAAGAAGAACACGACGACGACCGCCGCGGAGGCGUCGCUCGUCAGACUCACGGAGGCGCUGACGUUUGAUCUCAUCGCGACGCGUCAGGCGUCCGUCAUGUCCGAGCUCACGCGCGCGGGCGCGGGGGACCAUCUCGCGCGGCGGAUCGUAUCCCUCGUGUCUCGAGACGGCGCGAUGCUUCCCGGUCCAGCCGGCGGCGGCGGCAGCAGCAGCGGCGGCGCGGACGCGAGGAAGGGUCCCCAGGUGGACGCGGGACGCGCCGCGGAGGUGCGGGCGCUCGCCGCCGCGCUCUCCGCGAUGCUCCUGCACAACGGCGCGGCGUCGCUGGCGGAGGCGGUGCGACGCGGGCACGCGCAGGACGCGAUCCUGCGCGCGUUCCUCGCGUCCUGGCGCGGGCAUCUGGGUCCGCGGCCGCUCGCCGAGCUCGAGGCGUUAGUCGAGGAGCUCGCGAUCGCGGACUUGGCCGUCGCGAAGAUUAAGCUCCGCCCCGCGCUCGACGACGACGGCGGCGGCGGCGGCGGCGGCGGCGGCGGCGGCGGCGACGGCGGCGCGGCGAUGGACACGGAAACGUCCGGCAGCGACGACGACGCGGAGUGGUCCGUCGUCACCGCCCUUCGCGCGGGGUUGACGUACGCGCCCGCGGCGGCGAGACCGAAGACGACGCGCGCGAAGACGAUCGGCGGCGUCGCGUACGUCCUCGAGAUCGAGGCCCCCGCGAAGCCCGGGACGCCGCUGCGGCUCCCGACGGCGACGCCGCUGUCGUCCGACCCGGCUGAGCUCGAAUCUGACGCCGCCGCGAAGACGGAAGCGAGCGGCGGCGGCGCGAGGUCGUCCCCGCCCAAGGGCACGACGACUAAGACGACGAACGACGUCGCGGAGGCUCCCGGCGCCGAGGCCAUGGAGGUGGACCCGUGGGGAGGCAGCGACGCGGGGAGCGACGAGGUCGUGUGGAUCGGCGGCGGCGUCGCGGUGUUUCGAGCGAAAGACGGCGAGUGGUCCGCGCACGUCGCGAUGAUCAAGCAGGCGAGCCGGCUCGUGUACCUCGCGCAGAGCGCGGGCGCGGUGGCGGCGAUAUUUCUGUGGCCGAAACGCGAGGCGCGACACCCGCCGGUGCAGCCGCUCAUUCCGUCGCCGAAUUACGACGUCCCGGUGGGCAUUCCCGCGUUCGCGCUCCCCGCGGGGGAGCUCGAGAGCGUCGUCGGCGGCGGCGCGGGCGGGAGAAGCGGCGCGUGGGAAGUGAUCCUGGAUAACACGAUCGACGCGAAAGAGCACGGCUCCUCGAGAGAGGUGUCGCGCCGGUGCGGGAAGCGACUCGCCGCGGCGUGCGCCGCGCGACCGUCCGCGGAGGCGGCGGCGGCGGCGCGGCGCGUCGAAGCCAGACGACGACGCAUGCGCGCGAACCUCAUCGGCGUCGCGAGGAACGUCGCCGCGAACGAGGCGGAACAGGCGGCGAUGGCGGCCGCGGCGGCCGCCGCCGCGGAGCUCGCGGCGGCGGCGGCGGAGAACAAGACCCCGACGGACGUCGCGCCGUCGCCGUCCGCGGCGGGCGCCUCCGCGACCGUGUUCGGAAGAGCCGCGAACUUGUUCGGAUUCAGCGGCGGCGAGAAGAAGACCGAAACGGAGAUGGAGCUCAAGGAGAUGCCGUCGCCGUCGAAACCGGCGCCGCCGACGAAGAAGAAAGCGACGGACGGCGGCGGCGGCGACGACGACGACGCGGAGCGCGACGCCGUGGACGCGGACGAUGGCGACGACGCGUCCCCGCCGAAGCCGGACGCGUCGACGCCGGGGGACGCGAGCGAUCGUCGCGCGAGCGAGGACUACCCGGACCCGGAGCCCGCGAUCGAGGAAGACGACGACGCCGACAACGCCGCAGACGACGACGGCGAACCCCUCGACGCGUUGGAAGCCGCGAGGGCGAGGAAAUGGACGGCGGCGAUGCGCGUCGCGUACGCGCUCGGGGACGAGGGCGCGUCCAUUCUCGACCGGUCGUUCCCGUCGCCCGCGCGCGCCGCCGCGGAGGACGCCGCCUCCGCCGCCGCGAUGGGCGCUUCCGACGACUCAUCUUCUCGCCCCGUGCGCGUCCUGUGCCUCGACGGCGGCGGCAUCCGCGGCCUCGCGACGAUCGUCAUGCUCGAGCGGAUCAUGAAAGCCGCCGGGGAGACGUGCGUCGGGGAGUGCUUCGACCUCAUCUUGGGCACGUCCACCGGCGGGCUCAUCGCGAUCGGCGCCGGUUUACUUCGUUUGUCCCUCGCGGAAGUGUCGGACGUGUACGACAACAUGGCCGCGGAGGUGUUCAAGAGCGACGGGUACUACACGCUCCUGAAGCGCGGGCCGGGGCACACCGCGGCGAAGGCGUUCGAGCGGCUCAUGCGCGAGAAGAUAUUAGGCUCCGAGGCGGACCAGCCGUUGUACGCGAUGGGCGCGCAUCAGCGGUGGUACACCGCGGCGCCGCGUCCGUCGCCCCCGCGCGUGUGCCUCGUUUCGUCGCUGGUGUCCAGGGUCCCGAGCACGCCGUAUCUGUUGCGGUCGUACCGGCGAGACCCCGCGUGUAACGGCCAGAACGUCAGCGCCGUCGGCGAGCUCCCCGGCGAGCACAGAGCCGGCGUCGUGCACGCGUUGCGAGCGACGACGGCGGCGCCGUGGUACAUGGAAGAGCUCACCGUGGACAAAGAGCUCGGUCUGGGGAAAGUCACCGCGGUCGGGUCGACGGAGACGCCGGAGCAGCAGCCCGUCGGCGGCGGCAUCUCCGGGACGUCGCGAAGCGCGUCGUCGUCCGAGCUCGCGGCGGCGGCGGCGUUCGCCUCCGCGCGCGGCGACGACGACGGCGACGGCGACGGCGACGGCGACGACGCCAGAGAGACGGACGCGACCGCGGAGGAGGACCCGAACGCGGAGGACGACCCGAACGACGCGACCGCCGUGGACGGCAAGACGACGACGUCCGCGAAGGACGCGUCCAGGGUCGCCGCGUCGCUGCGGUUCAUCGACGGCGCCAUCGCGUGUAACAACCCGACGGCGGUGGGCAUCUUCGAGGCGCGAAGGCUGUUCGAUCGAUCGCGGCCGCUGUGCGUCGUGUCCUUGGGCACGGGCGCGUCCGUCCCCAGGGAGGUCGCCGCGAGCGGGACCUCGCGCGCGUGGGUCGAGAACUUAGUCAACGCGACGUGCGACGUCGUGCAAGUCGACGCGACGGUCAGGCACGUGCUCGGGACGCGGGACCGGUACCAUCGGUUCCAGCCCACGGACGAGAUCUUUUCGUGCGACUUAAACGACACGAAGGAGGAGACGCGGCAGCGACUGCGGUUGGCCGCGGCGAGGUACAUGGACGAGGACGCCGUGAGCGCGGAGGUCGAGGCGUUGGCCGCGGUGUUGAGGCGGUCGUGA